AUGUUAACCUAUUCAUAUCUAUCUAUCUAUUUAUCUAUCUAUGUUAACCUAUUCAUAUCUAUCUAUCUAUCUAUCUAUCUAUUUAUCUAUCUAUCUAUCUAUAACUUAUUCCUGUGUAUAACUAAUGCAAUUGCGGUUAUCCCUGUAAUUAAUGCUGCUGCUGAUGAUGAUGAUGCUACUGCUGCUGAUGCCGCUACUUCUGCUGCUGAUGCUACUGCUGAUGCUACUGCUGAUGCUACUGCUAAUGAAGAUGCUACUCCUGCUGCUGAUGCUACUCCUGCUCAUGCCGCUACUUUUCCUGCUACUCCUGCUGCUGAUGCUACUCCUGCUGAUGCCGCUACUUCUCCUGCUGACGCUACUUCUGCUGCUGAAACUACUGCUAAUGAAGGUGCUACUGCUGCUGAUGCCGCUACUUCUGCUGAUGCCGCUACUUCUGCUGCUGAUCUUACGCCUGCUGAUGAUGCUACUACUAAUGAAGAUGCUACUCCUGUUGUUUAUGCUACUCCCGCUGCUGAUGCUACUCCUGCUGAUUCCGCUACGUCUGCUGCUGAUGCUACUCCUGCUGCUGAUGCUACUCCUGCUGCUGAUGCUACUGCUGAUGAAGAUGCUCCUCCUGCUGCUGAAGCUACUGCUAAUGAAGGUGCUACUGCUGCUGAUGCCGCUACUUCUUCUGAUCCCGCUACUUCUGCUGCUGAUCCUACGCCUGCUGCUGAUGCUACUACUAAUGAAGAUGCUACUCCUGUUGUUUAUGCUACUCCCGCUGCUGAUACUUCUCCUGCUGAUGCCGCUACGUCUGCUGCUGAUGCUACUCCUGCUGCUGAUGCUACUCUUGCUGAUGCCGCUAUUUCUGCUGCUGAUGCUACUCCUGCUGUUGAUGUUACUGCUGCUGAAGAUGACGCCUAA